AUGCAUUUCUCCAUCCCCUUGCUGGCCCUCGUGCCCACGGUCCUCGGCCACGGCCUCAUCCAAACACCUCCGUCCCGCCCCGUAGGCUCCGCCAUCAUGUCCGCCUGCGGCAACGGCGUCGUCGCCCAAAUUAAAGCCGACAACACGUCGCACGUCGAGGGGCUCCCGGAAGCCGCCGCAAAAGACAAAGCGUACCAAGCCGCCAAAUGUAACCUCUGGCUCUGCAAGGGCCUGCAAUUCGCCGACAACGCCAACAACACGCAAACCUGGACGGCGGGCCAAGUUGUGCCAAUCAAGGUUUGGGUUCGCAUUCCGCACGAGGGCAGCGCGAACGUAAGUAUUGUGGAUACCAAGUCAAACAAGAUUAUUGGGGAUAUGUUGAAGGUGUGGAGUAAGGGAUAUGCGCCUGGGAAUACCGAGGCUGGUGUCCCGAAGGAUCAGAAGGAGUUUAGUGUCACGAUUCCAACUGGAUUGGAGGAGAAGUGUGCCACCGCUGGUGAUUGUGUUCUUCAAUGGUGGUGGUAUGGCACUGGUGCUAAGCAGACUUAUGAGUCUUGCGUGGACUUCAUAAUCGCAAAGCCGGCUGUUAAAGAACGCAUGUUCAAGGCUUAGGUUAUGUCGCUGAGCGAAGAAGGCGAUUAGGUUACGUAAGACAGGCUUCAAGAGCAGUAAUCGAAUAGAUUCGGAUUCAACCACAUUCUCAACCCCACCCUAGAAAUUCAGGAAUUCUUCAUUUCAUCAAUAUGUGGAAUGCGAUAUCUUUGUGUCCGGAAGCUCAAGCUGCCGUUGUGUGACGUUGAAGAGGCAGUUGCAGAUCUGGG